AGGUGAGAGACGAUUCAUUCCCACAUACACAUGGCCGUUUUGGAUGGAAUCUGGUCUAACCAAACCAAAGCCUCAGGAUAAACAAUAUUUCUCCUUUACAUUGCUACAUCUUGGUUCCAGACAGUAGACUUCGGAGCUGUACCCUUCAUGAUAUCACCUGUACGGGCAGAAGCUGGUGACUAUACCUCGGCAAUCUGGACUGGAAACAUGAAGAUAGUUAGUGGACUUAGCGGGCUACAGAUAAACCCAUGGGGCUUCCUGCUGCCGCUCACGCCCCUAGUGUGGGCAUCCACAUUGGCAGCUUUGCUAGGAGUGCUCACAGUAUUGUUGUUUCUUACCUCGUGUCUGUCCAGGAAAACAAAGAGCUGCGGCGGCUGGUCCGCCAACACCUCUAGUUCUGUGCGCGUCCUUCUGCAACAAGGUGAGGCCUAGGGGACCGUGCUCCCCCAUCCUGCCACGGGCUGGCUGGUAUCUAGAAGAUAUGUGUGUUCUCAGAGAGCAACAGUCGUAAUGAAGACUAACUCUGCCUCACUCACUCACGACGCAGACGUGGUGUGGCCCGCGCAGUGGUGGUGGUGGGAGCGUCUGGUGUUGGGGCUGUGGAUGCUGACCACGCUGGUGCUGACCAAGAGCUACGCCGGCAACCUCAUGUCCCUGUUGGCCGUGAGACACGUGCCGCAGCCCUUCCAGACACCAAGGGAUGUUCUCGACGAUCCUCACGUCGCCAUGAUAUGGCAGAAGUAUUCCAAGAAUGAACAAUUCCUUCGCGUGAGUGAAUUUACUUAGGUGAAGUAA